UGGGAUAUUUAAGUCUUCUCCGCGGCGCGGAGCCGCGAUGUCUCCGGCGGCUGCGGUGCCUGGAGGAGGCGAGCGGCGGCGUCCGAUAGCGAGUGUCAGGGACGGCCGGGGCCGGGGCCGCGGCGGGGCGACGCUCCUCGGCCUGUCGCUGCUUGGCCUUGUGCUCUACCUGGUGCCGGCGGCGGCUGCGCUGGCCUGGCUGGCCGUGGGGGCUACCGCGGCCUGGUGGGGACUGAGCCACAAGCCCCGAGGUUCGCCCGCCUUCUCGCUCGUUCGGAACGCGCGGCGUCAGCGAACACUGCUCACCUCACCUCCGGCCAAAUCAGCAGUAAACGGAAACCUCCUUGGGCCGCGGACCCUCCUGGAAGGACCCGACCAUGCUGAACUGCUCCUAAUGGGCAGUUACCUCGGCAAGCCCGGCCCCCCGCCGCCCGCCUUGGCCCCGGAGGCCAGGGACUUGCGGGAGAGGCCUGGCCGCCACCCGCCCACCCGCCCCGCGCCGCCGGCUUACUCGCCCCGUCGCGUUGACCACAUUCACCCCUCUCUCCCCACUCCCCUCCUCCGACCCUCCAGGAGGCCUUCCCACAGGGAUUGUGGAACUUUAUCAGAUCGGUUCCUAAUAACACCUCGAAGACGAUAUCCAAUCCAGCAGGCCCAAUAUUCCCUUCUGGGGGCACUUCCCACAGUGUGCUGGAAUGGUUAUCACAAGAAGACUGUGCUAUCUGCUCGAAAUUCCAAAAUGGUGUGCAGCCCAGUGACAGUGAGGAUUGCUCCUCCCGAUAGCAAAUUGACUCAUUUUCCAGUGCCCGAGCAGUUAAUCAGCUCAACACUGCCCUCACCAUCAAGUAAUGCUCCGGACCCAUGUGCAAAAGAGACUGUACUGAGUGCCCUCAAAGAGAGGAAGAAAAGAACAGUGGAGGAGGAAGAACAAAUAUUCGCUGAUGGCCAGGAAAAUAAAAGAAGGCGCCAUGAUAGCAGUGGGAGUGGACAUUCAGCAUUUGAGCCCAUGGUGGCCAAUGGAGUUCCUGCUUCUUUUGUGCCCAAGCCUGGGUCUCUGAAGAGGGGUCUCAAUUCCCAGAACUCAGAUGACCACUUGAAUAAGAGAUCGCGCACCUCUUCCCUGAGUUCCAUGACCAGCACGUAUGCAGGCGGCAUUCCUAGCUCCAGCCGCAACGCCAUUACCAGUUCAUACAGUUCUACUCGAGGUGUCUCUCAGCUGUGGAAGAGAAGCGGUCCCAGCUCUUCACCCUUCUCCAGCCCAGCCUCCUCCCGCUCCCAGACACCAGAGAGGCCAACAAAGAAAAUAAGAGACGAGGAACUUUCUCAUCAUUCUAGUUCUUCCACUCCAUUAGUAACUGACAAGGAGUCCCAGGGAGAAAAAGUUGUAGAUACAACCACAUGGAAGAAACAGAACUCGUGGAAUUCCCCAACUACACCUGGCAGCUCUGGGCAGCGUAAACGGAAGAUUCAGCUGCUGCCCUCCAGGCGAGGGGACCAGCUGACCUUGCCUCCACCUCCCCAGCUUGGAUAUUCAAUAACUGCUGAAGACCUGGACUUUGAAAAGAAAGCUUCAUUACAGUGGUUUAACAAGGUCUUGGAGGAUAAGACUGAUGCCGCCUCGAACUCUGUCACUGAGAACCCACCUACCCCUCAGCCUUCUUUUACUUUCACCCUGCCUGCUGCUGGGACUGCUUCCUCGCCAACCUCCCCCCCGGCCCCAAGCACCAACCCGCUGUUGGAGAGCUUGAAGAAGAUGCAGAAUUCCCCGGGCCUCCCCUCCUCCCCAGAAUCUGCUGAAGUGGCAACCGCUGUGGCCCCUUCGCCUCCGAAGACACUCAGCCUCCUGGGCCCUGUUGGCUCUUCCCAGUCAGCACCCCUUCCAGGCACCUCCUCAGACUCCAAAUCCACAGUCACUUUCUUGGGGCUGCCUCCUGCUGCUUCUGCAGUACCAGCCACUGACACCACCAAGUCCCCUCUGGCCCCUCAGGCUGAGCCACCUGCCAAAUCCCAAGCCCUGCCUGCCCCAUCCCCCACCCCCAAGCCAAGUAUUCUGUCUGGAAUGCUUAGUACCCCACCUGCUAACCCUUCUGCCUCUGCAGCUCCUGCUGGGUCUUCAUCUCCCCUGUUCGAGCCCAUUUUUGGGGCCAUUCCUAAAAGCGAGAAGGAGGGCCCCUUGCCAUCUAGCCCAUCCAAGGUCACAGCCUCACCCUCUUCCGGUUCUGCCCUCCCCACGACUACCAGCACCUCAUCUGGCAAUUUCAAGCAUGUCUUUGGCAGCAUGGGGCCCCCUACAUCUGUGCCCUUGCCAACUCCCUUCUCCUUCACUCAAACUACUCCAGCGACAACCUCAGGCGUCCCUCUGUUCACUGGCCAGGCCGGUGCCACCUCAGCAGUAGCUGCUGUGACCACAGCCAUCACCUCCACAGACUCAGCCUCGAAGCCCACCUUCGGCUUCGGUGUGAGCACAGUGACCAGCGCCAUGGGCAGCGUGACUAGCACCACCACGUCCACGUCCCAGCCUUUCCUCUUUGGGACUCCCCCUGCCUCUGGUGCCAGCUUUACCCCAGCCAUGGGCCCCAUAUUCCAGUUUGGCAAGCCUCCUGCCAUGCCUGCUUCAACAGCAGUUACCACCUUUGGCCAACCCCUCCCCAGUGCCGUGCAGGCGGCCGCCAGCAGCAGCGGCGGCUUCAGUGCUUUUGGCAGCAGCCUGACAGCGUCCGCCCCGGGCACCGCCACCCAGCCCACGCUGACGUUCAGCAGCACGAACAGCCCGGCAUUCAACAUUCCUUUCGGCGCAAGCACCAAGGCCCCUCCCCCAUACCCAGGAGCCACCCCCCAACCUGCAUUUGGGGCUGCUGACGGGCAGCAGCAGGGCGCUACCAAGCCAGCCCUCGCCCCCAGCUUUGGCAACUCUUUCUCUUUUGGAAACUCUGCAGCCCCGACCCCAACGGCAGCACCAGCGGCCCCAGCCCAGCCAGCCUUUGGCAACACUACGCAGUCAGCGUUUGGUUUGAAACCCACGGCCACUGCCUUUGGCACCCCUGCCAGCACCCAGCCAGCCUUUGGCAGCACCACAUCUGUGUUCUCCUUUGGUGCACCCACCACCUCUGGUUUUGGAGCUACAACCCAGACCACCAGCAGCGGGACCAGUAGCUCAGUAUUUGGCAGCACAGCACCGUCACCCUUCACAUUUGGGAGCUCGGCAGCCCCAGCUGGCAGUGGGGGCUUUGGGACCAACGUGGCCACCCCAGGCACCAGCUCCACCCCUGGAGGGUUCAGCUUCGGAGGACAGAGCGGGACCACUGGCGGCACAACCCCGUUCGGGGGGGGCCUGAGUCAGAACACCCUGGGCGUGCCCAGCCAGAGCACAGGCUUUGCCUUCAGUGUGGCCAGCGCGCCGGAGAGCAAGCCCGUGUUUGGAGGCACCUCCACACCCACCUUUGGUCAGAACACCUCUGCCCCUGGGGCGGGCACAUCGGGCACCAGCCUCUCCUUUGGGGCGUCCUCAACACCCGCCCAAGGCUUUGCUGGAGUGGCACCUUUCGGAUCGGCUGCCCCUUCAUUUUCAAUUGGUGCAGGAUCCAAGACCCCAGGGGCUCGGCAGCGCCUGCAGGCCCGAAGACAGCACACCCGCAAGAAAUAGCCUCUGUCCCCUGCCUCCAUCCCCCCACCCCUUGCCCCAACCUGGACCUCGGCACCUGCUAGGAAGAGCCUCUGACCUGUCUAGUACCACAAAGCAAACCUACCCUAGACCUCUGGCUUCAGCCCGGGGAGGGAGCAGCCCUGGGGCCACCUCCCACCUUCACACCCCCCACCCCACUGCGGAAGCAGAGCCUCAGGCCUCUUGGGGGGAGGGGCAGGAUGUGGCAGGGCAGCAGCCUGAUACCUUUACUUGAACAGUUCCACUGGGGAGGCUGGAGAGAAUUAAAGAAACAUCUGUACAUAUCGUCCACUUCCUUCCUGACUCGUUUAGUGUGUAAGCUCAGUCAGGCGGCCUCGCCCCCACUCCACACCCCCCACCUUCUCUACUGGAGGGUAGCAGGCAGGGCCCUGCCCACUUGCGCCUCUAGUAUACAUUUGACGGGGCUGGGGGAAAUGGAUUAUCCCUAAAGCUUUACCUUGCUUGGCUAUAAAUGGUGGUUUUCUGGUCCCUUUCGGGGACCAUGUCCCCAUUUCUCGCUGCUUUGUCCCUCACUGGUUCCUUGCAGGAUCUAUUCUUUUUAAAUGACCUUGAAUCUAGCUUUGCCUUGGAGACCCCACUGGGUGCUGCUCCUGCUGUUCCACUUCCUCCUGCCAAGUCUGAGUCCGUGUUUCGUCCCCAAUUCUGCCAGUUUGGCCCCUAAAAGCUUGGUGGCUCAAGACUGUUAGCCUGGCAGAUCCAGGGGUGACCCCUCACUCGAGGGAGGGGAGCUCGUGGAGCAGGCAAGAUGCCCACCACUGCUUUCAGCUGCCUCCUCGCCCACCCUCCCCGCUGGCUCACUGGGCACGUCUGCCUCCCCAGGAUUGUGUGUUUAAAGCCUUGUCCCGUGUUACUUGUCUGAUGCUCAUGUCUAUCUGAUGCUCUUUGAAUCGAGUUUGGAGGAAGAACUGAAUUGUAUGAGUGGCGGCAUGUUGGUAGUGCCGGACUUAACUGUUUCGAGUUUCUGGGACUUAGCUCAUUGAAUGUGGAAAGUAGCACCUCUUGUGGCUACAAGUGCUGACUCCUGGAUUUUCAAAUGGUGUUUUGACUUUUAAGGGCUGGCAGCCCAGGAGGAUGGGGCCGAGGGGAAACGAAGACCUCUUCUCUCUGCUUUCUCUCCCACCAUCCUGACCUCACAGGAGGCGAGGUCACCCUUAGUACGUUAGCAAACCUAAGUUAAUGACCUAGACUUUAAAAUUCUGUUGUUUUACCCCAACAGGGCCUCCAACCCUCCCCCUUUUCUUCCUUUGUUCCCAAACCACAUACCCCAGGCCCAAGAGCCUUGCUGCCAUGCCCAUCCUCUUUGGGAGAAGUAUGAAUGCGUAUGUCUAAAUUAAAAGAAAAAAAAUAUUUAAACAUUUUUUAACAAAAUAAAAAUUUAUUUUUGUAUUUAAGCUAAAUUGCCUUUUAAAUUCCUUCAAGCUUGGUUCAUUGAGGUGGUUACGUAUAAAUGCUAUUGAUAGGAAUUAGCUGUACAGUUAAGUUAUGCCUGUGUGAAGAAGAAAUGCUGUCCCAGGCAGCUUUCCUGAGGGACUAGAGCUCCUUCUGGACACAUUAUAUAAAAUGUAAUUCUUAUUUUACAGAUAAUGUGACAUAGAUGUAACUAGUCCCCUUCCCCCUUUUGUGACUGAGGUUGAAUGUUUUAUGGCAGGGGACUGCUCUUCCCCACCCCCAAGAAGAGCUCCAUGAGUACGUAACUGUCCGUGGGGCUGCGGAGGGGGCCUGGACCUCACGUCCCUAAUACCUGUUAGGGUACGGGGGGGCACGGGCCUAGAGAUCAAAGCUUCUACCUGUACCUUCUAUAAGGUAGCCCCUCUUAGUUUUAGUACCUCAGUGCCACGGGCUGGACACUUGGUCCAGGACCCCCCUGAAGAGGGUGUUCUGGCACGGCCUGAGUGUGAGAGAGUGUGUGUGUGUGUGUGUGUGUGUGUGUGUACAUGUACGUGCACUGGACAGGAACGGGAGGCUGGGACUUUCCAUUACAAAUAAAGACUUAAUUCCUCUGAGUCUAGUUGGAAUUUUUAGUAUGAAUGUGAGAUUUUUCUCCUUGCUUAUGUCAUUAAGAAUAAAAAAAACUGUGAUCUAUCGUA